CGUAACUGCUGGAGGUAACGAAGCAACCAACCCUUCAUUCUCGCACCGCAAUUGACGCUGGUUGAGCUUCAAACAACAUCCGGCCCAAAUCCAUCUAGGUCUUUCCCAUCAAGCCAGUCACAAUGGGCGGCGGUCGCAAGAUCCCCUAUCCCAAACACGUCUGGUCACCGGCCGGUGGCUGGUACUCGCAGCCGGCGAACUGGAAGGCCAACACAGCCGCUUUUAGCCUCGUCAUUUUCGGCAUCACGGCCUGGUUGUGGAAGCUGAGCGCCGAGCUUGAAUACCGCCACCACAUGCCGGAGCCCGACCGCUUCUUCCCGAGCAGAUACUGGAGCAAACAGAUCAUCGAGUACGAGCGGGCGCAGAAGGAGAAGAUGGAGAAGGAGAAGGCGAAGGCCGCAAACCAGAACGAGUCAUGAUGUUGUCGUGUCUGGCCCACGUGGUUCUCUUUUUCCUGUAGUAUACAUGAAGAUUUCUCACGUGUGCUGCAUAGAGAAACACUGGGAUCAAGCCGGCCCAACCUGGAUGUGUUGUUCCUUACCAGCGAGCUGUUCUCGCGCCGUCUCCCGCCCUCUUUGUUCAUCUUCGAGACAAUUAGCUUGUGCCACCUUGAGCUUUCUUCACAGUUCAACGCGACUCUUCUCCAACGGUCGCGGCGACAUUUCGCAUUUCUAUAUUAACUCUGUCUCAAUCCAGACCCGGUCCAGCUCGUCCCUGUCUUUGGUCUCAUAACUCCAUCCGCAACCCCCCUCCCCUCCCUCCACCCACCUUCUAUUCAGAGCAA